AUGGGUGUCAAGGACGUUCUUUCUCGAAAGGAGGGUGUUAUCACCGGUGAUGAUGUCCUGGCUCUGUUCAAGUAUGCCCAGGAGCACAACUUCGCCAUUCCGGCAAUUAACGUGACCUCUUCCUCGACUGCCGUCGCUGCUCUCGAGGCCGCACGAGACAACAAUGCCCCCAUCAUUCUCCAGAUGUCCCAGGGUGGUGCUGCAUACUUUGCAGGCAAGGGUGUUAAAAAUGACCAGCAACAAGCAUCCAUUGGUGGUGCUAUUGCGGGUGCCCACUACAUCCGAUCCGUGGCCCCCCUGUACGGCAUCCCUGUCGUCUUGCACACCGACCACUGUGCGAAGAAGCUCCUUCCAUGGCUCGACGGCAUGUUGGACGCCGAUGAGGCCUACUUCAAGGAGCACGGCGAGCCUCUGUUCUCUUCUCACAUGAUCGAUUUGUCCGAAGAGCCAGUGGACUGGAACAUUGAGACCACUGCCAAGUACCUCAAGCGGGCGGCUCCUAUGAAGCAGUGGCUGGAGAUGGAGAUUGGCAUUACGGGCGGGGAGGAGGACGGGGUGAAUAAUGAGUCUGUUGACAACAACUCUCUCUACACUCAACCCGAGGAUAUUCACCAGAUCUACACCACCCUCAAGAAGAUCUCGCCAUACUUCUCCAUCGCCGCGGGCUUCGGGAAUGUUCACGGUGUCUACAAGCCAGGAAACGUCCGUCUCCACCCCGAGUUGUUGGACAAGCACCAGAAAUAUGUCAAGGAGAAGGAAAGCACCAAGACCGACAAGCCUGUCUUCUUGGUCUUCCACGGUGGUUCCGGCUCCUCGAAGAAGGAGUACACCGAUGCCAUCAGCUAUGGUGUCGUCAAGGUCAACCUGGACACCGACUUGCAAUGGGCGUACCUGACCGGUAUCCGCGACUACAUCUUCAAGAAGGCCGACUACCUCAAGACCCAAGUCGGUAACCCUGAGGGUGAGGACAAGCCAAACAAGAAGUAUUUCGACCCACGUGUCUGGGUGCGCGAGGGUGAGAAGACCAUGAGCGCCCGUGUUGCCGAGGCCUUGAAAGAUUUCAACACUGCCAACCAGUUGUAA